GCCAAAUUGAAAAAAAUAAAAAUAGAAGCCACUUCUUCUUAGAGGGUCCGUUCCGUAGGCGGAUAUUGGUUCCUUUCUUCUUUCUGUACUCACCUUCGUUCCCAACAUCCUCAAAACCUCAUUGCUCUGCUCUCCUCAGCUCAGCUUCAAUCUCAGGCUCAGCCGUUGGGCUGGUUUUUAGACCCUUUGAAUGGGAAGCAAGGGUCGAAUGCCGCCUUCACAUCAUCGGCGCCCACUUCCAGGCCCUGGGAUGGGGCAUCCUGAGCAAUUUGGCCGUGGUAUGCAUCCUCCACCAGGUGGAUUUCCACAUUUUGAUAUGAUGCCUCCGCCAGAAGUUAUGGAACACAAGCUCGCUGCACAACAUAUUGAGAUGCAGAGACUUGUGACAGAGAAUCAGAGGCUUGCUUCCACUCAUGGAACCUUGAGACAAGAACUGGCCGGUGCACAACAUGAGUUGCAAAUGUUGCACGGUCAAAUAGGUGCUGUGAAGGCCGAGAGAGAGCAACGGAUGAGAAACAUGAUGGAGAAGAUUUCCAAGAUGGAAGCUGAAUUGAAGGCUGCAGAGCCUCUUAAAUCAGAACUGCAGAAAGCUCGAGCAGAAGCACAGAGCUUGGUUGCAGCAAGGCAGGAACUUAUUUCCAAAGCACAGCAAUUGUCCCAAGAUCUUCAAAGAGCACACUCAGAUGUACAGCAGAUUCCUGCACUGAUGGCUGAAUUAGAUAGCCUCAGGCAAGAGUAUCAGCACUGUAGGGCUACUUAUGACUGCGAAAAGAAAUUAUACAACGAUCAUCUUGAAUCACUCCAGUUGAUGGAAACUAACUAUAUGACUAUGGCAAGAGAAGUGGAAAAGCUUCAGGGAGAGUUGAUGAUGAACCCCACUUAUGCUGAUAGAAGACCUGGUGCACCUUACGGUAUCACUCCUGGAACCAAUGAUAAUGAGGCUUCUGGUCAUCCUGUGGGGCAAAAUGCGUAUGAAGAUGGCUACGGAGCUUCCCAGGGACGUGCCCCACCCCCUGCUGGUAGCAGUGCUCCUAGUGCUGCUGUUGCUGCUGGAACUUCGACAUAUGCUGGAACUUCAACUUAUGCUGGAGCUCAAUCUGCACCUGUUUCUGCUAGGCCGGGUUAUGAUGCAUCAAGAGGGCCUGGCUAUGAUUCAGCAGGUGUCCCUGCUUAUGAUCCACAAAGGGGACACGGUUAUGAGGCACAAGUUCAAAGAGGAGGUAAUUAUGAUGGACAGAGAGGAUCUGGUUAUGAUGCACAUAGACCUGGAUACGAUAUGCAGAGAGGACCAGUUUACAAUGUGCAAAGAGGAGGACCUGGCUAUGAUCCCUCAAAGGUUAGCGGUGGCUAUGACCCACAGUCAAGAGGUGGCCUUGCUCCUCAAGGCCAUAUUGCACCUACAAACCAGGCGCCUUAUGGGUCUUCAACACCGCCAGCAGCUGCUCAUGGUGGAAACCCUGUACGGAGAUGAACUCAAGGCAUUGUCUAUCUGUAGUCGCUGCUCAUCAAGGCCAUGCCACCUGCAACCUAUGCACAUUACGGACCUGCAACAAGCGAGAUGAUGUGUUGGUUCUGAGUAAUUGAAACAUCAGUUUGAUCCUUAAUUUUCAAAUGGGGCAGGUUUGCUUUCCUUAGGGGAGAAUAUUUUUGGUUGUUGUGCUUGUUUCUCUGUAUGUUAUUGGCAAAAUUUGACAGGCAGUGUCUGCAAAUAAGGUUUAUGGUCUUAGUUCUCAAGGGAACAAUACCAAUUAAAUAGAAAUUCACUGGAGAAAUGACAUUUUUUUUUUUAAAUGGCCGAGAUCUAAUAUUGAGGUAAUUAGCACAUUUGCUCUUUACUAUUUUACUA